GCGAUACGGUCGAAUGCACACUAAUUAGCUAAGCUAGAGAACGUACGUCCUGCUUGAUUUGCUUUCUCGAUUGGCUUGCCGGCCAUGGCGACGUCCAGCAGCAGCAGCAGGGAGAGGGAGACGCCAUGCUCCGUGUCGCUAAGCGUGCCGUCGGGGCUUCAUCUGGCCAUGCCAUUGCCAUUGCCGCCGAGCGAGACGAAACUCGAGGUGCACGGCGGCGGGGCGCCGCCGCAGCAGCUGCUGAAGUUGCAGGCUAGACAUCACUCGCAGCCGGCCCUGACGACGGCGACCAAGGCGGCCGGCCAGGUGCCGAUGCCGAUGCCGCGGAGCGAGAGCACGCGGGAGCAGUGGCGGGACCGCCGGUUUGACCACUUCAAGACCUUCUCCGGCCGCCUCGAGCGCCAGCUCUCCGCCCUCCGUGGCCUGCCGGUUCAGCACCAGCCGCCGCCGAACGACGAUGUCGAACACGCCGCCGUCGACGACUCCAAGAUCUCCGAGGAGGACACCGACGGCGACGGCGAUGACGUCCCCACCGCCGACCGCUUCUUCGCCGCCCUUCAAGGCCUUGAGCUUGACACCCUCCGCGCGACAGAGGUGGCGGCGCUGCCGGAAGACGAGCCAUGGCCGUUACUUCUGCGGUUCCCAAUAACCGCCUUCGGGAUGUGCCUCGGGGUGAGCAGCCAAGCCAUGUUAUGGAAGACUCUCCAUUCCGAGCCCUCCAUGGAGUUCCUCCACGUGCCCCCAAUCAUCAACCACCUCCUGUGGUGGGCCUCCGUCUCCUUGAUGGCCGCUGUCUCCCUCGUCUACCUCCUCAAGGCCGUCUUCUACUUUGAGGCUGUCCGUCGUGAGUUCCACCACCCGGUCCGUGCCAACUUCUUCUUCGCGCCAUGGAUCGCCUGUCUCUUCCUUGCCAAGGGCGUCCCUACCGACGAGAUCGACCAUGCCGUCUGGUACAUCCUCAUGACGCCCAUCUUCAUCCUCGACCUCAAGGUGUAUGGGCAAUGGAUGUCCAGCGGCGAGAAGCGGUUGUCUAAGGUGGCCAACCCGACGAACCACCUCGCCGUUGUCGGCAACUUCGUUGGCGCGCUGCUUGGCGCCAGGAUGGGGCUCCGGGAGCCGCCGAUGUUCUUCUUUGCCGUCGGGCUCGCGCACUACCUCGUCCUCUUCGUGACUCUCUACCAGCGGUUACCCACUAACGUGCAGCUCCCCAAGGAGCUCCACCCGGUCUUCUUCCUCUUCGUGGCGGCGCCUAGCGUGGCGUCCAUGGCAUGGGCCAGGAUCACCGGUGAGUUCAGCCAUGGCUCCAAGCUCGCCUACUUCGUCUCGCUCUUCCUCUACGCGUCCCUGGCGGUGCGGGUCAACCUCUUUCGGGGGUUCCGCUUCUCGCUGGCAUGGUGGGCCUACACGUUCCCGGUGACCAGCGCCGCGAUGGCGACGGUGUUGUACGCGUCGGCCGUGGACAACGUGGCCACGAGGGCGAUGGCGGUGGGGCUGUCCGUGGUUGCCACGACCACCGUGGCUGCCGUGCUGGCGACCACCGUGUACCAUGGCUUCGUGCGUGGGGACCUCUUCCCUAACGACGUGUCCAUCGCCAUUACCAGGAGGAAGCCUAGGUUUAGCAAGAUCCUCACGCAUAUCCGGACCUCCGGAUCCGAUGUCAAGGAGCUUGUUCUCUCCAUCUCCAGCUCUAAUCCCAAGCAUGGCGUCUACUCCGAUGACUCCGGAGAGCAGCGCCGGUGAUCGAUCCCCCGGUCGGUCGGUCGAUGAUGGCAAAAGAGUGGAAUCGGCAGGCAACAACUCUACGCCGUACGCACGCACGCUCAGCUCAACUCAACGCGGCCGCGGCGGAAUUAUGCUCGAACAGUCAAAACCAUGACCGAUUACCGCAGAACCCACGCCAUCCCGUGAAGAUUCACCG